AUGUCGCAGGCUACGAGAUCCUACGAGAGACGGUGCGAUUGCGCACUAGUCUUCAAAGAUAUGGAAUCGAUGAAUAUUCAUAUCAAGGACACUGGACAUAUGGAGGCGAAAUGGUGCACGGAAUGCUCUCGUUUAUUCCACUCUAAGAGUGCACUUGCACAGCAUAAGGCAACUGCCGCAAAACACAAGAGCAAUACGACUGCAACUGCAACUGCAACUGCAACUGCCCCUGCGACUGUCACCGCGACUGCCAUACCGAAAACCAACGUUAAGGCCAAAGUUAAGGCUAAGACCAAUGCUCCCGAUAGUAAACCCCAGAUAGAUAAACCCACUGUCACUUCCGGCAAGCCCGCAAAUAAACCCGCAAGCAAACCCGCAGGAACUACUACUACCACCACUACCACCACUACCACCACUACCACCACUACCUCUACUAACCCCCCUAAGCCAUCUCAGAGCGCCAAAGGAAAGAACCCUCCCAAGGGUCCCAAAGCCGUCAUCUCGAGUAAAAGCCAAACAAUGCAGAGCUCAACGGAAGGUGUAUAUACACCCCCAAAGCCAGCUCCGACCGUGCCGUCGGAUCCUAUUUCAAGUAAAUAUCCGUGGUCAUCAGAGAAGCAAACCCCAGCCUUGAUCAACUCUUUAUCACCCUGUUGUCAUGAUGAAGCGUGCUUGAUAGACGAGAAUUAUUACACAGGCACUUGGACGGGUCGAAAAUGGAAGCACAUUAAUAUCGGAAGAUUCAUCCCGACUCCUAUCAAGGUAAAAGGGAUGACAAAACGUAAGGCUCUUGUCAUUGACUGCGAGAUGGUUGGGAUAUCGGGAGGAAGAAGCGAACUCGCCCGUAUUUGCAUUGUCGACCUUUUCACGAGAGAAGUCCUUGUCGACUCCUUUGUGAUCCCCACCGAGAUCGUCAGAGACUGGAGGACAAAGUACAGCGGAAUAACCCCAGCUAUGAUUGCUCAGGCUCGGGCUAAUGGAACGGCUCUGAACGGGUGGCCGACCGCGAGGACCAAGCUUUUUGAGCUUGCUGACGCGGACACGAUACUCAUAGGACACUCGCUCAACCAUGACUUGCAGGCCAUACAUGUCAUUCACAACAAAGUUGUCGAUUCUGCUAUCCUAGUUGCGGAAGCCGUUUUCGGAAGGGGCAAUAGACUAUGUCGCCAAUGGGGGCUGAAAGUGUUGUGUCAAGAAUUGCUGGGUAUCACAAUACAGUCGUCUAAACGUGGCCACGACUGCUUGGAGGAUACACUCGCAUCUCGAGAGAUUGUGCUAUGGUGUUUCAGAGAGAGCGAGAAACUGGCGGCCUGGGCUAAGGACGCCUUAGUCAAGUACGAGAUUGAGAAGCAGAAGAGAGAAGAGCGCCAAAGAGCGAAGGCCCAAGAGCUGGCGUUGAAGAAGCAGAAGGAGAAAGAGAAAGAGAAGGAAAAGGAAAAGGAGAAGACGAAAGCUAAUCGUUCUUAUCACGACCCUUACGAAGUAAUGAGUUGGGAAGAAUACCUCGAAGCUUGCGAGUACCCUCCCGGAUAUGAUCCGUCAUCGUCUUUCUAG